ACGUUUGAGUGCGCGUGCGUGUUGCAGCAUCUUCUGCAUAUGCGCAGUUCCGCAGCAGUCUGCAACUGCACAACUGCGGUUUCGCAGUCUACAGACCGCUGGAUUAAAACACCGCACAACAAAACAUUCAAAGAAGAACUGGUAUAUUGCCCUCUUUUUUGACUGGUACGCACGUCCUUUCAAGUGCUAACUAUAUCCCCUCGGUUUUGGUUCCAUCCAAGCGCUUACUGUUCUACAAAUGGACAAUGGAGACUGGGGACAUAGGGUGACUACUCCUGUUACCUUGAACGUGGGAGGGCACCUGUACACCACCAGCUUAUCCACCCUGCAGCGUUACCCAGACUCCAUGCUGGGGGCCAUGUUUCGAGGAGAUUUCCCAACAACUCGGGACUCUAAAGGAAAUUAUUUUAUAGACAGAGAUGGAACACUCUUCAGGUAUAUUCUGAACUUCCUGCGGACAUCUGAGCUCACGCUCCCUCUAGACUUCACAGAGACGGACCUCCUCAGGAAAGAGGCGGAUUUCUAUCAGAUAGAACCUUUGAUUCACUGCCUUAAUGACCCCAAACCACUGUACCCUCCAGAUAUCUUCGAACAGGUGGUAGAGCUGUCUAGCACUCGUAAACUCUCCAAAUAUUCAAACCCUGUGGCGGUUAUCAUCACUCAGCUAACUAUAACAACAAAGGUUCACGGCCUGCUGGAGGGGAUCUCGAACAACUUCACCAAAUGGAACAAACACAUGAUGGACACCAGAGAUUGUCAGGUAUCCUUCACCUUUGGACCAUGUGACUAUCAUCAGGAGGUGUCACUGCGAGUUCACCUCAUGGACUACAUCAUGAAGCAAGGCUUCACCAUUCGAAACACACGAGUGCAUCACAUGAGUGAGCGUGCGAAUGAGAACACGGUGGAGCAUCACUGGACUUUUUGCCGACCCGCUCACAAAGUGGAAGACUGAGUUAAGGGUUAAGGGUGUCAUUGUCUUAAGUUUGACUCUGUCUUGACCAAUUAAAAAAAUGGAUUAGAUCAUGACUUGGUGAAAGAAUGCCAGUCUCUUCUAUGCUUUAAAAGUUAAAUAGCCGAGAAAUGUAGUUGACAGUAUAAGCUAAAAUGCAUCAGGUCAGCAAUAAAGUAAAGCCAGUGACUUUGCAUCUGAAUGUAUUUACUGCAUUGUAGACAAUAACAAUGCUUUUUGGUACAUUGAGAUGGAAACCUGCUUAAACCUCUCACCGCAAAUCCUUCACAUACGGGUGUCUGUCACAUACAAAGAAUUUCUUUUGGUGGCACUGUUUUUGGAUAAUUUUCAAUAUGUGUAUCUUAUAUCCAUAUUUAGGAGAAUCCCGAACUGCUCAAAAGUACUUUUGCUGAAAUUACCUUUUCCUCCAUCAGUACAUACACAAGACUGAUACUGUUGUGUUGUAAAAUAGCGGGAUUCUCUAUUUGGCCUUUAAAAAUGUCUUUAAAAACUGUGCCCAAAUCAGAGCUUAAAAGGGAUCCGGAUUGCUGCUAGCCUUUGAAUAAGAGAUAUUCCUAUUUUAAAGUCAUGUCGAAAUAACUCUCACAGAAGGUUGUGGGCAAAUAUUUAGUUUAUUUAUUAAUUUGCAAUAUUUGAUGUCUUACAAUUUUCUAGUACAUAUCUGUGCUCACUAUUGAUGUUGCAUGUGUCUGAGUGUUUUGUAUGAUCUUGUGUUCCCUUUUCACCUCAGUGUUAAGUCAUACUGUUACAGUCCAUCAAUGUAUGAGCUCACUUCAGCCAAAUAAACUUAUUUGUGUCAAAUUUCGAGUCAGUAUUCAACG